AUGGCCAACGAAAACCCGCUGGCGCCAUUAUUCGCGCCUUACUCUCCCGGCCCGACUGCCAAGACGAGGACAAUUCACGACGUGUUGAGGGACCUGCGGCUCGACGAUGAUCGCGUUUUGGGGAGCGUAGACCCAAGGAACGAGGGCGGUGACACGAUAUUUAAGGAUCUCCAAGUAGGAUCCGGAACGCAGACUAACAUGGAGCCCGCUUCGGGGGGGAGCGAGGGCGACACGAGCGAAUUCGACGGCAUGAUAACAGUCGACCCUAGCCUCGCCAGUGUCCGCGCAUUUCGAAUCAAUGAGACACUCCCCUUCGCCUUCGACUACGUACGAGAUAUCACGCUUGGCGAGGUCGAAUGGAUUAUCGUGGAUUAUACAACCCCAGCGACAAACUUCGUAACGCUGGACAAUCCUCAGAUUCGACCUAGUGUUUCCCAAGAUCCAUCCAGACCUUUGCGCGGUGAAUUUACUCUCAACCCAACAGCCCUUGACCGCGACCUUCCCAUCCAAGAUUACGGCAAGCGCAUGCACCUCGUUGUCCAUUUCCAGCUAAAUUCACAGGGUCGAGAACCAGGAACUCCUGGGACGCAGCCGUCUAUCGCCAGCAGUGCAUUCACGGUCUUAGCUGCAGAGGCCACUGAUGGCCAAGCGGCGGUAGCUUCGUUGAGAGCCGAGGCGGAAAGAAACAACAAAGGCGACAGCCUUUCGGGCGGUGUGACGAAUGAUGGCUCUAUCUGGAACCCCAAUGCCUCCGCUUCCGACCCUGAAAAGUCUGGCAAUCCCGGGACAGGUGGUGGCUUAACUAGCACGCCGUCCGAUGAUGCCUCCGACAGUAGAGACCCCGGCAUUGAGACAGCAAGCCCCACCAUUGGCAGUAAAGCUGGCGCCUCGCUCUCCACCGGUGCCAAGGCGGGCAUUGGCGUAGCCUGUGCCAUCGUCGGUCUUCUUCUUAUCGCCCUCGGCGUCUUCUUCUUCCUCCGCCGGCGUCGCAGGGGCGCCUCGGCCUCGGUCCCAGUCGGCGCCGCUGGCUCCGUCCAACCAGUGCCCUACGUUACGACCUCACUUAACGCUCCUCCAAACGACUAUCUCCGAGACAAGGAAGCCCAAACACACCUCGCGGACUCCCCGCAAUCAGAAGACGUUCCGGGUCGAGGCCUGCGCGACAGUGCCGUUAUCUAUCCCGACCCCGCCACGUCUCAUCCUGCUUCCGCAGCGGCAUCACCAGCGGUUGGGGCUGUUGCCGCUGCUACUCCCGGCGCUGCGUCGUUAACCGAUCGAAGCCUUUCGCCGAGCGAGGCGCGGACGAGACCCGAAGUGCCGGCUGCCGUGGCACAUCUCGUGGAGGAAGGCAUGACAGAGGCCGAAAUUAGGAGGCUGGAGGAGGAGGAGAGGGCCCUUGAUCGAGCCAUCGAACAAGCGGCGCAACGAAAGUAG